AUGGAAAACACACAAUCCAAAAUCGAAUCAUUAGAAGAACAACUUUCCAAGGUCGUAACUGAGUAUACUGAACUUAAGAAGUUUAUUGAGGUUGAGACUGAGAAUAUAAAAUUAAAACGAGAAAAAGAAGAAAUCGAAUCCAGAUUCACGAAAUUGGAACAGAAAGAUAAAGAAAAAGCUGAGCUUAUUUCUGAACUAGUCCGGAACGAUAAAGAAAAGAUUAAACUUAUUGCUAAAUUAGAUAAUGAUAUCAAGGGAAUUAAACAAUCUUUUUUGUUACAUUUUGUUUCAUCGACUCAUUACCUCAUUAUUCAUGUAUCAGAAGAUCCCAAUAAUCCAGACCCAGAUAAAAUUAAUGAUUAUAGAAAGAAGUUGAUGAAAGAGGGUGUUUUUGGUAUCAAUAAGUUUAUGAAAAGAACGAAGCUCCCAACAUGGGAAGUGUGUAGUACAUUGAAAGUCUUCUUGGCUCAAGGAUUUGAUCCACUUUCUAUUGGAACAAUAACAAAAAAACGAGUUGGACAUUUAGCAAAUUCAAUGUUUUUAUCGUUACCAACACCACCAUUCGUUGAAUCUAAAAAGGAGGAGAAAUACAAAUUAUGUAAGAUAGAUAAUCUAUCUGGUGCUUAUCUUCCACCUUCUCCCAAUUGUGAUGGACGUGAGUUAUGGCAUGAUAUAGAGGAAGACAAUAAUUUGCCAUCUGUUCCACCGAUGUCUCCUUCUUCUUCAUCUCUUUCGGAAGAAUCGGAUAUCGAUGAUUUUAAUCAUCAUCAAAUAAAUACUACUAAUUCCGAAGAUUCUUCAGUGUCGAAGACACAAUAUUCUAAAGAUUAUGAUCAUAAUGUGCUGGAUUUUAUCAGUCAUAAUAAAUAUAAUAAAUAUAAUACUGGUAGAGAGAAAAAAGCAAAGAAAGUUGAAAAUAAUUCAAGACAUUCCAUAAUUAAAAAUUUCUUUUGA